UGGUCUGCUUUAUUGCCCAAUCAGUCGUGGAAUCUGUCCGAUAUGGGCCAAUGAGCGGCCGGGAGGCGGGACUUCCGGCGGAGCGGGGCGCGGGAGGCGGCCAUGGCGAAGACCUACGACUAUCUCUUCAAAUUGUUGCUGAUCGGCGAUAGCGGCGUCGGCAAGACUUGUGUGCUCUUCCGCUUCUCAGAGGACGCUUUCAAUACCACAUUCAUCUCCACCAUCGGUAUUGAUUUUAAAAUCCGAACAAUUGAAUUGGAUGGAAAAAAAAUCAAACUGCAGAUAUGGGACACAGCUGGACAGGAACGCUUUCGAACAAUCACCACUGCAUACUACCGAGGGGCCAUGGGAAUCAUGUUGGUGUAUGAUAUCACAAAUGACAAAUCCUUUGAUAACAUCAAGAACUGGAUCCGGAAUAUCGAAGAGCACGCCUCAGCUGACGUAGAGAAAAUGAUCCUUGGGAACAAGUGUGAUGUGAAUGAAAAGAGGCAAGUCAGCAAAGAACGUGGAGAGAAGUUAGCCAGUGACUAUGGAAUCAAAUUCAUGGAGACCAGCGCGAAAGCAAAUAUCAAUGUGGAAAAUGCGUUUUUCACACUUGCCAGAGACAUCAAAACAAAAAUGGACAAGAAACUGGAAGGCAAUAGUCCCCAAGGCAGCAAUCAAGGUGUACGAAUCACCUCCGAACAGCAGAAAAAGAGCAACUUCUUCCGUUGUCUUCUCCUGUAAUGAACAUUGCCUUAAAAAAACAGCCCAAUUUCUCACUGACUUGAAGUGGAGUGUGCACGCUCUGAGCUUUUCCUGGAUAGACGGACACUUGCUCUGGAGAAGCCUGUUGUGCUAUUGAAGGCCUGAAGAGAUCAAGCAGCUGAGAAUUUUUUUUUGUUAGCUUUUAGGAUCUGUCUGAUGAUUACCUCAGGAGUGGAAAUGGGCGAGUCAGAAUCUUCUGAUGGGAACCCCCCCCCCCCCCCCCCCAAUUUACUGAUUUCCAAUCUAACGGGCUGUGAUUGUUUGGAAUCCUAAUUUUCCCAUUUCCUGUGUUCCCCUCUGGCUUUCCUUUCUUUUGGUUUCUCCUACAAAUCUUGUGUUGUGUAGAUGCUCUGGCAUUUCCAUUGAUCUCGCUGUGCAAUAUGCUGCAAUUCCUGUUGUCAUGGCUUCACACAAUGCUCUGUACUUGCCAGUGCGUCCCAGUGAUUGGACUUUUUGUUCUGUCAGUAAUUGAACUUCUUUAUCAUAUGUGUACCUUGGAGAUGUUAAUGGUUGUGCAAAGGAUUGAGCAGCCCAAAUGUCAAUUUUCAAACCUAAAGGCAGAUUUCCCUAAGUAGCUCCCUCCCUAUGGUGGUGAUGUACUACAUGCAGCAGAGUUGUUCUGGAUCAGAUUGAAGCAGUUGCCAAGUGUAGUUGUGGAUGUAGUACCUUCAGUUUAACAGAGGCAAUUAGUCUGCAUCACUGUGUACAGCAGACUAGACUUUGACAACAAACCUUGGAUAGACUCCACUCGUCACUUCCUUGUAUUUGCUGUGGUAAUGCUACAAGCCUGUGCCAGUUUUAAUUGUUAAACUGGAUUGGAUAGAAAUGGCCAGAAAUCAGAAGGCAGAACAGAGAAUUAGGAUAAUUACUGCUGCAAACUGUCUGGUUCCCCAAUGUUGUCUGAGAAAGAAUGUCUCCAAGAAUGAAAUGGAGGGUGGAAUGCAAAAGGGAACAGGAUGGGACAGGAUAUGGUAAUAUCCUUUUUUUUAACUUGCUGAUGUGCAAUAGCCAUGAAUUUAUUGAAGAAGCCUCGUUCAUCUGGUAGUUUUUGUUUUCUUAGAGCGCCUUGACCAAUGGAGCCAGCUAAACCAUAUUUUGAAUAGUAUUUCGAUGUUAAUGCUUAAACUGAUGGGAGUCUGUGCUGUCUAAAUCAUGCCACUACUGUAAGCAGAGUAGUUAUUAAUUUACCAGUUCCAAACGUCUAGUUUAAUGAAUUAGAGACUUAAAGCACAGUAAGCAGGUCCUAUUAAUUCAGCUUAUGCAUAAUGCUCAAACUUGAGUACUGAAAUAGUCAAACCCCUCAGGGAGGUUAAAUGCACUUUUAGUUGAUGAGCAAUGAUUAAUGGCUGUCAUCUCCUUUAGUAUUUGUGGAACAGGAGAGAUCUGUGGAUUGGAGUAUACCAGUAGAUUUGCCUCUUGCACUAUCCAUUCUUGAGCCAGUCCCUGUUUGUGACUAUCACUGUAUAAACGUAAGUACUGGACAGUCAAUUGUACCAGAACUUGCUGAUGAUACUAUUAUUAUUAGUCCUUUAACAUGGAAGUAUUUGUUUGAAGUUCCCUUACAGCUGGGGUGUAGCUAAGAUGCUGCUCGGUAGACAAAAGGAGAAAGGUUUUAAAGACUUUAAUUCCUGGAAUAUUGCUUUCUUUUUUAGAAAAAAAGCAAUGAAAGGAAACCAAUUCUCUUCCGAUCUUUGCUGUCUUCUCUUGCCCCCAAUUCAGAUCAAGGAGGUGUAUGUGUACUUGUGUUAAGUUGCUGCUUCCAAACUAGAAGGGAAAACGAGGAAUAAAGGGAAUAGAUGGAUAAUUCCGAGCCUUUUGAACAAAAUAUUUGGACUUCUCUAAUCCUCGAGGUUAAAAUCCAACAUCAUUGCUACAUUGGAAGAUGUUCUUUCUUGAGUGGUGCAUGGUUACUGCACAGACAACAGUGAAGGAGGAUGGGACAGAAGUGGCCAACCAUUGAUAUCACUGUGUACAAUCCACCUGUGUGUUGACUGCACUUUCUCAGUAUCCGUUGUAGGCUCAUUCAACAGUUGCUGAACUCAGACAGACCUGAAUGUCUUUUGUGAAUGUUACUAAGCACUUUGUGUAGCUCAAUGGACGAAGGAGUGAGAACCCACCCACUUAAUUCUAUCAGAAAAAUGAAACCAUUUUGAAAUGUGGCCAUGUGCAAAUCAUGACACAGGUUUAAACAGCCAGUCUGAUGACUUCACCAGAAUCCCCUGCCACAUGGCACUAUAAAUGUACAGUGGGUACCUCCCACAAAGUCUAUUUUCAACUAAAAAGUUUUCCUGUCUAACUCAAUCCCACAGGGAUGCACUGACUCUGACACAUGCACGUUUACUUUCUUUCUGUAUGAAUAUUGGGGUCAAAUGUAACGGCCCAGUAUGAAACUGAGAACCCUAGCCCUUUAGGGAUGUGAGGAAUGCCUCUGAAGCUAUGCUUUUCAACAAUUUGUGGAAAGCCCUGUUUCCAGUUUCAAUUUUUUUCUUUUUGCAAGUUAUUUUAAUAUUUUCCUGAGUAAUGGCAGGUGAUUCAUGGCUGUUGAGUAUCAGUUGGAAGGAAAAGAUUCUUUAUUCAUUUGAUGUAUGUGAAAUUCUAUUUUUGAACUGUUUGUGAUCGCAGUCUCCAGAAUCUCGCUGGUGCUGACCUCCGAAUGACCCUGAGCUCCACAACACAAAGCGCCAUACUGCCUCGCCUAUGAAAGCGGCCUCCAGACCCCAACGAUCUCUUCAUUCACCACUGUUCUCUUCAACUCUCAAACUGAAGAUUUUAUUUUUUUUUUAUUUUAAAUUAAGAAAGGUUGUUAUGUGUUUAUUUUCUUGUGUGGAUAUAUUUUGUUCUGAACUUCAGUGUUCAAUGCUGUGUGGCUCAAAGUUGUUAGAUUUUCAUGCUUUUAUUGUCCAGGGUGACUGUGGUACUGAAGCAAUUACAGAAUUAACAGCUCCCCUGGCCCAGUAAAAUACACUUCUGCUAUAUUGCAAAUAUGUCUCUUCAAGACCAUGAAUACAGUGCACAAGGUCAUUCUGAGGGACCACAUGGGGUGAAACUGUAAAACCUGUUGAGAAGUGGAGUUUGUGGAUAAAAUGUUGGCAUUUGAUCAACAGAUUCUGCAUUGUCUCUAACCCUCGUCAGCAAAAAUUCUAACUGGUCAGCUUUGUGUAAAACUAACAGUACCUUAAGUUCUUUCAAAAGUGCUGGCUAGUAUUGAUGGGAGAUAUUGCAGAGGCAACCCUCCACCCACAUGGCCAGUGUUUCAAUACAGUCAAAUAUCAUAAGGGACCCACCCCGAGGCAGCUAGGUAGUUUGUGGCAGUGUGGUUAUAAUUGGGAAGAUGAGCCUUGACUUGACCUGACUGAGUCUUUUGUGAUUCCAUUGGCUGUAGCUUGACUAGAGGCAGGAGUGGGAAUCUCAUCAUUCCAGUAUUCUGCUCUGUCUUCUAUACUGUCAUAACAGUUAAGAUGAUCCACAUUCUGACAUGGCGCUGAUGAUGCUAUUGUGCUUCAUACCCAGACCCCCCGAGGUGUGGCCUGUGUGAGUUAAGACAGUGUGUGGGCUGCAAAUUAUAGAGUGCCCUUCCUCUUGUCAGUUUGAACGAUCACAAUUGAAACACAGUAUUUAGGAAGAUGCAGCUAGAUUGAAUGUGGAUAUGAUUGUACCUGUUUCAGAAUCAUUGUUCCUAUAUUUCCUUCAAACAUUCCUUGUGUUAAAGGUGUCCAAGAUUCAUUUGGUUUGAAGGGAUGGGAGGCUGCAUUGUUUCAGGUGACCAUGUAAAUAGCUUUACUUUGAAAUGAAGCCACUUUAUAAUUCUUCUGUACUUCCUGAAGUUGCUGGAUUUAUAGAUAAAAGUGGAGUUUUAAUUAAAUUAAAAUGUGAGUCUUUAAAAAGCA